GGUCAGGAGCCAGGAAAGGAGAGCCUGAACAAGAGCCGCAUUUUCCUGGGCUCUUCCAGCUGUUCUGUUCAAUCCCGCCGUCGGUUCUGAGCAGGGAAGAGAGGCUGUCAACACAAAUAAGGCAUUUUUCAAAGGCGUAAAUUAUGAGUUACCAAAACAAUACGACAUCUCAACCACAUGGGGAUGUUGAGAAUUCCUCAGCUGGAGCAGAUGUGGCUGUGAUUGGAGGUAGGAAGCAGGCUGUACUUAGCAGAACCAUUAGAAUUAAAACAGCAGGUGUGAUAGCUGCGGUGGUAUUUGUCCUCAUUUGCCUGCUGGUUGUGAUGGUCCGGUACAUGUACAGGCAUAAGGGCACCUACCACACCAAUGAGGCCAAAGGAACUGAGUUUGCUGAAAGCGCUGAUGCUGCUUUGAAAAAUGACCCUGCUCUCCAGGAAGCUGUGGAUGAGAGUAAAAAAGAAUAUUUCAUAUGAAAGGCAAGAAUUUCCAUGGAGACUUCCCCACGGGAAUCAAUCAGAUAUACUACAACAAAAGUGCCAAGAGAUGGAUAAUAUUAGGAUGCAGGCAAGCAUCCUGAUUGAAAAGUAUCUCUUUAUUUUGUCGCUGAGUUGUUUCUUUUUCUCUACCCAUGAAGAGCUAAAUGCCAGAUACUUGCCCGUUGAUUUUAUAAGCAACACAGCUGGUCACAAUUGAAAUCAAUAUCAGAUAAGAAGAAACAAAAUCUCAGUAUGAGUGAUACACCCAAACCAGAUAACGAUAGCAAAUGUCAAGUCUUGACAUUUGGUGAAAACAGCAGAUGCCAAUGGAAAACAUCCUCUCAGAGUUAAUGAUGCAUUCUAUGCUGAUAUUAUGCAGAACUACCUGAAGUUGAAUUUCAAAUGGUCACAGAACAAACAUUAAACUAGUAGCUGGAACAAAAAUAGCUUUGUAGCCCAGAUAUUUCCCCCAUCCCCAUAAAUGUGCAAUUUUAUUGCAACAGGGGAGUUUGCUUUGUUUGUUUGGGGAGUUUGAUUGAGACCUUUUUUUCUUCUUCUUCUUCUUUUUAGUUUUUAGGAUUUUAUAAACAUAAAAGUCCAAGACAAUUCAAAGGAAUAAAACUGUUGGGAAACAUGGAAAAUGAAAGAAUGAAGAAUUUAUUUCUAACUUGCUCUUCAUGGCAGUUUGAGAACUGCAAAAUGUUGGAAUUUAUAGUGUAGAAUAUAAUAGCCAGUAAACUUGCAAAUAUGAUUUCAAUUAGCCGGUAGGCUCCCUGCAUGCAUGCAUAAUUAGAUACGUAUUAAAAGGUAAAGUAUCUUGGUUUGAGCAGGCCUUUUAAAACAACUGAGCUCAGCCAGAUUUUUUUGAGUAAGAUAUUUUUGCCUGGGUAUUUAUUUAUUUAUUUUGCAUUGGAACAUUCUCUUGAAUGCUUGCCAGCAAGAUUUUGCAUUUUUGCAGGAAAAGAAAUUCAGUUCUGGUGCAUAUAGUGAUAAAUCUUUUACAGAUGAAACCACAAGACUGCCAAUAGAAGGAAGCUUGUUCAGCUGCAUGCCAUUGGCAAGUACUGAUGUCUCCCUCUGCAUGGCCUCUGUACAUCCUUUGCAUUCUCCUCAGUAAGAGAAUUACACUGACUAUCAAUGCUUUAAUAUAAAUAAAUAUAUAGAAUGAUCGUGGUGGAUCACAUGACAAGACCUUAUGCCUCACCUAAGAAUCAGUGAUGAUGAGUUUCUUUAACCCAGUAAGCUGGCUUCUUAAUUAAAGCCCAAGAGUAGCUCCAGAAAUAGAGUAAUUGUUCUCUGCACCUGCUCAUUCCCAGCUCCACUGGUGCCCUGAACUACUGAAAAUACAGAGGGAUAAAUAUGUGAUAACAUGUAUUUUCUAUCUCUUAUGUAUAUAUAUAUACACACAUAUGUAGAGCAAUGUAUACAUCAAGUCAUGUACAACUGCUUUCAAGACACUGUUACUGAUCACUUGUGCUCACUUCUUGGCACCAAAGCACAAAAUUCUCCAGGACUCCAGCAUACAUUACCAAUGUUGACCACAAAAGCGCAAACAGAUCUGACAAGAAAAGACUGUGAGGACUCAAGUGGAGAACUGGGAUAUUUUUGUCUUUUCAAUCACAAUCUCAUUCUUUUCUCAGAAGCUGAAGGAGAUGGACUUUGAACUGCUCUUCAAAUCCUAAUACCUUAGAUCUCAAGUACCUGUGUGUCUGCAUUUUAACCAAAGAAUAUAAAAAUCCUGCCACAUUUACUAAAUGCAUCAGGCAUUUUUUUCAGAACAUACUGUUCCAAAGCCAAAUUGUAUUCUGUGGCUCAGGUAUAAAGUAUACGUAAUACAGAACUAGCAGAGAACAAAUAUUUUGAUAUUAUGCACCUGACUAUUUUUUUUCUAGAUUCCUUGCUAUUUUCAUCUUUUUACUGAUUUUGAAAAAGGAAUCUGUUUUUAUUUUUUCUGGGCCAAGCGUUGCAUACAUUAACUAAUCUUAGCUGUAAAACUGAGUUUGUAAAACUGAAGACCCUCUAGUUCAAUGAGAAUGUAAAUAUUACCGCUGAGGAGAUGCUAAAUGGGGUGACAAGCUCUGCUGCUUUUGUCAUAUAAGGCAUGGAAACACCAAAAUCCUCUCUUCAAGCAUUAGAAGGACCUAUAGAAGAGCGCCAACCUUUCAUCACUUUCUGUCCCUAUUAGCUACAAACGACCAGGUGAUAUAGGUUUGGACGUUGAAGAAAAUUCACUAUAGAGCAAGGUAUGGGGAUCAAUGGAAAAUAAAUUCCUUCCUUCCCCACUCAUGAAAUUCUGCUUUUGCAACUUGAACACACUGAUUCUAAUUAGUCAAUGGUGACAUACCUGAUACGAGAUGGGGAAACAUGAAUUAGUGUCUCCUUUUGGGGGAAGUUAAGUUUAUAAAUUAUGAAAUGGAUUAAGUCAGACUAAGUGUCUGCAUUUGAACCACGGGGUCAGAUUCUGUGGUGAAAUGACAUGAAUUCAGAAGAUUUAAGCCAAUUCUUACAAGUUCAGUCAACAUCAGACAUUUUGUCAUUUCUUCCCCUACUGAAUACAACUACUAGUCUUUGACUAUAUGCCUUUUUUAGUAGCUUAAUUAAAUCUCUUUAUCCCAUUUUCUCUAUUCAUCUGGGCUAACAAACAGUACAGCAACAGCUUCCUAGCAGUAAUGAGCCACAAUGAAUGUUUGCAGAGCAAUGAAUUUGGCAAGAGCUUCAGUUUCAGUUAGUUUAUUUUUUAACACAGUCCUUUUGGGCUCCAGGACUUUGUGUAUUUAGAAAUGACUCGAGCAUGCUGAACACAGAGAUGCUUCUUGGAAAUUUUCUGCUUAUUUCUUUUUUGAGGACAAAUUUUGCUUUGUAAUGAAGAAACCCAUGACUUCUGAAUGACUGGCAGAACUCUAAUGGCCUCAUCCUGCUAUUUUUUUUUUCUCCACUCGAACAGUAACUCUACUGUCUUGAGUCAUUCAAUUUAGUUGUAAAAAGAUGGCAUUACAAACUUCCUACUGCUUUAAGAACUAAUAAUUAGCAAAAAAUCCUCCUGCAAGCAACAUGCUGUGCUAAAGUAAACACUGUGCACAACACUGAACUGUCUUGGUUGGCAGCCAUAGCUUUUCAUCAGCAAUGAUCAAUCAGUUCUAACAAUUUGCUUCCUGAACAGGAAAAAGAAGGAAAUACUUUAUUUUCCCCUCAUGUGCUUUUAUCCCAUGCUUCUCUACUGCUGCAGGCCCCGCUGACCUGUGACUCUCGGGCACUCCAUUUCCCCAGCUAUGCCUGCUCUUCCCAUCUGCAAUGCCUUGGCCUCCCAGUUAGAUCUCCCUUGCCUUCCCCAUGGCAUCUCUAUGGCAAAGGAUAGACUAAACAUUUAUUCAUUGUUAUCAGUGAGUAUGCUCUGUCCCUCUCUGCCAGCUAAGAACUAAUUUUCACAAAAGUCUGACACUACCCACUCUAUGUCAAGCCUCAAUCUGUCCUGAGUGAUUUACAAAGUGAUCACAUUUGCUUGCUAGUUUGUUAAACAUAUUACUGAUAAACUUCUGGCAUCCAUUAAGGAAAGGAUCUGGAUGAAGGUCCCUCAAGCAGCCUGGUUUUGUCCCGAUGCCUUAAUUCCUCUUGAAAGGUUGGGGAAUCCCCCUGUAUUUUGGUCACUACCUUCCUCCUAGGGGCCAAAGUGCCAUUGCACAUGAAUGCAAUCCUGCAAGGGAUUUAAACAGACACUAGUCACACUAAUUGUAUAUAUUUCUUUCUUUUUAGAGCAAAAGGACCAAAUCACUUUGGGAGACUCUUAGUACCAUAGGAUCCCUUUAGUACUCUCAAUGUGGAUUUUUCUUUUAAAUCAAACUUUGGAAUCGUUGAGAGAAUUUCACAAAGGGAAUAUUAAAAGGAAUGCUCCCCUUCAGUGGGGAACACAAAGUGCUGCAACACUUACAGUAGAAGAACAGGUAGGAUAGUACUGUUAGCCAAAACCAUGUAAGGAUGUCUCGCACAGAGCACAGAAAAAGCUGAUACAAGAUGUAAAUUAGUAAAAAAAGAUACAGAGUGAGAAGAGGUAAUUAGAUGAGAGAAUUUUUUCAUCAAACAAAAUAGAUGGUGCUAUUUGGAGAAAUCAAAGUGUUUUUGCAGAAGGCAACUGAUGACAAUGAAUUUCUUAGAUUUAUACAAGACGUUUGAAUUCCUUGCAUGUGCUAGUUCAAUAAAAAAAUGCUGGUAAAUACACACCAAAAAAGCACCCUUACUAAGUCCAUUAAGAGCUGUUUAUUCCCUUUUCUAAAAUCUCUCAGUAAUUCACAUAAGAAAGCUUUUGUGUUUGGAAAACGUAAAAGCUUCACAGCAGCAGUUCAUAAAGGAGAGAACACUAAAGAACCUCUGAACAAGCAAUGAAAACACAUCCAGGGUUUGGAAACACAGCCAGCUGUAAAGGAAGCUAGUGAUAGCAAAGAAAAACAUAUAUCCAACUGUAUAACAAAGAAAUGAAAUGUCUGUAGAAGUAGUGGUCUUUGCCUAGUCCAAGGUGGCAAAAUUAGCAGUGACUGAAAAUAAAGAAUCCUUAUUCUAUGUGAUAGUUCCCUGUGUGACUGGGAUAAACUCCUACCAAAUUCAGUGGGACAAGAAUUUCACUGACUAUAAUCUAUUCUUCUUGCAAGAAAAUUGUAUUCCCAUGUCAAGAAAGAAACACUCUAAAGCAAGGUAGAAAUCCAUAUAAGAGUCAAUCCUUCAGCAUAAUUUCAUAUUUUUUUCACAUCCUUUUUCUGUUGUUUUGAUCUGUACGUAUGGUUGAAAGUGUCUGGUAUGUUGUAUUAAAGUAUCUGAAUUGCAGCAUUGCUAUGACAAGAGAGAACACAGCAUUCAAAGCUUACUGCUGAUUGUAUGUUAAAGCUGACUAUAGUGUUUGUAUUUUUCAAAGCUAUUAAUACAACGCUGGUGUAAAUUACUUUGAAUUGGAAAAAAAACUUAAAUAUAAAGGAACAAAUAACUUUAUAAUUAAAGUUGUAAUUUUCAGCAUUUAA